GUCUUUUUGUCGGUCGCUUUCUGCGAGCAUCGCAUUCGCUAAUUAGAGGCUUGUCGCGGCCAAAAGGCAGGAAGGUGCAUCGCUCUGUAUUUGUCGUGUCGCAUCAGCGAACCAUGGCGGUCCUCCUCACGACCAUGGUCGCCGCCCUGGCUGUCCUCUCGGCUGCAGCAGCGUCGCCCUUGCGGCGCCUCGCACCGUCAGAGGAGGUGUGCAAGAAGACAAACAAACAGCAGGUGGGAACGACGACCGACUCACUCUUGAUGUGACCAGAAGAAGAGGCCUGCCUCUGCUGCUGCCAUCGUUUGUGUGUCAGUCUUUGGCCCUCCAGAUGGGCUGUUUGACAGCAGCGUCGUAUGAAGACACUACAGCCGAGGACUACGCACAAGUAAGCCGAAGGCAGGAAGCUCUCCCCGUCUCUGGAACUCGCCACACCCCUCUUGCCGAUCCGUCGCUUGGCAGGAGUGGCACCUGGCUCUCCCAAUCGUGUCCAAGGGCGAUGCGGCCAUUGUAUGGGUGAAGCCCUCGCCCAAGCCAUCCCGUGCACCCACCCCCGAGCCCCCCUACUCCCGCAUGUACCCGAAGGGCCGUCUGGUGGACGCAUUCUUCCAGUCCCCGGACGAGUUUGAAGCACCAGAAUCGCGGGGCUGGGACGCCUUGAGGAUUGAGCUCGACGACGAGACGUGGGACGAAGCGGAGUGUGCCAUCUCAUUCGUGGUGGGUGGACAGACAGGGGAGAGAGUGGAUGUCUAGGUGCUCUGAUUAGCACGGGUUGAUGGGCGUGUCUGCACACAGGGGAGCAACGACCAUCAGGACCUGUUCAACUCGUAUCACAUUGAGCCAUACGAGCCCGUCACAGACCCACAAGGCAACACGUAAGCAAAGCGGAUCCGAUUGUCGGCAUCCAUCCAUCCAUCCAUCCAUUCUCGUGCGCUGUCGUGCAGAUACGAGGUGCACGCGGGCUUUUACGAAGAAGCCAUGGUACGUGAACGUUCGGUGUCAGGCCCGGCAUGGGCAUCGCCAUGAAUGGAUAUUUCUCCAUCAUCAUGUAUGCAGUCGUUGAUGGAGAGCCCCGAAUGGGAGGUCUGGGACGUCAUGCGGAACAGCAGUGUUUGCUCUAUGGGCAUCUACUUCACGGGCUUCUCACUCGGGGGUGCGCUGGCGUCGCUCUUUCACCUGCAGCAAUACGGACCCUGGAGCGAUAAGGCCACAGUAAGGACGGAGGGCGGAACACCACAACCAAUACCCCACGCACAUGCUCGACCGCGUGUGUCUGUCCGUGUCAGCUCAUCACCUUCGGCGCUCCACCUGUCGUCACCCACCGAUCCUUCCCUCCUGAGCACACUGACCAAGAUGAAUCGCCCCCUUGUCACAGCAAUGGCGUGCACUUCCAGUAUUCCUCCUUCUGGGCGGGCAGCGACCCCGUCCCCCGGCUGUUCUCGUCCUCCCUGCGGCACUUGGAGAGAAUCGUCGACCUAGAGAGAGGCGUCACCAAUCGGGCCAACUAUGAGACAGCAGGGGGCGACAUGUGCGCAAGGCGGCUGGCGGCCGAAGGCCUCCCCUCUUCGUCUGCCAGCGAUGACCGGAGAUCCCUCCUGCUGCUUCAAGGCAUCUGGAAUCCUUGGCAGGUGUGCGGCACGGCUGAGAAAGAUUGAUGGCUGUGCAUGCUGUCUGUCCGUCUAUCUGUGUGUGUUACCGGUUUCUCUGUCAGCACUACCUCCGGAACUACGUGACGAUGUUCGCGGAGCUGCAGAGGGUGGUGCCGAGCCCCGUGACUGAUAGCAACGAGAGCCAGGAGACGUGCAGCUACGAUACCCGUGGCACGUGCUUCCUGCUGCCCUGCUGGGGCUAUGGCAGCAACGUGUCAUGCCAAAGGGGCAGGUGUCUCUGUCGAGACAAUUUUUGUUUCAGCGGCGGGCAGUGCCGCCCUGCAGCACCGGUGGCGCAGGAGGCGGCAGAGAAGGGGAGGCUGAGCGCUGAGGCUCUUCUGAGCGUGCCUGCACCCGUCCUGCCACUGGUAAGGGACGUGUAGUGAUGUGUAUAUGGAUCCCAUGCAUGUGUGCAUCCACACAUACAUGCACAGUCAGCCUUACGUGUUUCGUACUUUUUGUCAAAAGCAAGCCGCGUCGCCCAUAAAUGUGCUGGCACGUUUCGUGUGUGUGUGUGUACUAUGUCACGUGUGUGUAUAUAUGUGUGUGUAGGCGUGUACCGUACGCAUGUGCAAUGAUGGCACUCGAUGGGCUGGCUGUAGUCAUGUUUCUCCUCCGGAUCCUCCACUCCAUUUGUAUGUUUGCGUUGAUCCUGACACGACACGCUCAUCGGUUGCUUUGGCCUUUAGGGACGUACUACGUGUGUCCAUGUUCAUGUGCAUCGCACCAACGCCGAGCAAGUGCGUGUGUGGAUAUGAAUUCAACAGACGGCAGUCCAC